AGCUAACCGCGAGCGACAUACACAAAAUUCUAAGUUCGCGCAAAACACUAGCCGUCAUACGGGGAUAUAGUCCGCUAAACAGCCAGACAAACAACAUAUGAACGGAUCACAGCCACAGAGGAGUGCUGAGAAGAAACAUAAUCCGUCAGCCGUCAAGCCAGAGAGCAGUCAGUCUAGUUACGGUUCGAUCGGUUCUUUCGGUUCAGUAUAGUAGCAGACACUUCCCAAGUCGCGCAUGCGUUCACCUCGCGAUCUCACUUACUGGCAGAACAGGAGAGGAAAAGCGAAGACGAAAAACCACAAAUAAUUUUGCUUAGCACAAGCAACAACUCCGCUGAGACAUAAAUAUUACUUAAGAAAGGUAGCCUUUGUAAAGCUGCUACGAAGCUGAAACGAGUGCGUAAAAAUGCGUUCUAUAGCAGUAAUUAAGUGUAUCCAAGUGCCUCCCAAACGACACUUGUCGUGAGCUGUGUGUUGAAAGUCUGGAUUACGAAGAAAAAUAUAUAGUGCUAUAUUCCGAGGAAGAAUCCCAUAUAUCUAACCGUGACGAAACUGUAUUUAAAAAACAGCGGACGAAGUAAGAGAAAAAAAAGUGUCGUUGUCACAAACACCUAGCCGCAAAUUUGUCCGAGCAGCGGAGAUAAAAGCGAAACAGAACCGCGAGAUUCAGCCACUGUGAGACUUUUAUGUAACAUGUUAUCGCGAAAAAAAAGAAGUAGACGAACCAAAGUGUAAAGAUUCCCGAAACAAUAAUUUUAAUGGUGAGUAGAAAAGUCCUUGCGGGGUCUGCUACCACGUGCAGUUCGUGUAGUAAAGGGGGUGAAAAACCCAGGGUUCCCCUGACAGCAGUCAGUGCCACUGUAAUUGUGCUGGCGAAGGUCCGAUGGACAGCUAAGUGUGUUAACAGUGUGAAAAUCAAAUAAGUGACGAACAGAAGGUAGUAAAAUCCAAAGGACGAUCUGAUCCUAGGAGAAGGAGCAGAGGAAGAGGAGGAGGAAGAGGAGAAGAACAAGAAGGCAGUAGCGAAAAAGGUGUGAAAACUAACAGUACCUGCUGCACAUACAUAGAUUCGGCACACUCUAAACACCGGGGGGAGAGCGUGAAAGCAUGAGAGAGCAAAAGGAGGCAGUAUCCUAGCCGUGCGGUGCAUUUCAGUUUCGACCGAGCGACGAAACACAACCCUCGAGGCCGCAUAUUAGAGCAGGUCAUGAUUGUUGUGUGACGAUUACUUAUUUAUAUUUAUUAAACACAUCAUUGUAGGCGUCUACACAUUCGCGCUACUACUUGGUGCUGAUGCUGCUGCUGCUGCCCUCACACCGCUCGCGUAUAUGUACACAUUUUCGCGGUGCACCAUAAAUCGUACCACAGUGACUUAUUUUCUGCUAUCUUGCGAUUCACGCAUAAAUAUUUUUUUUUUUGAACGCGACAGUUUGGGUUCAAUUUAAGUGAGAAAGUGAUGUGUUUUAGCAGUGAGAAAAAAGAGAAAACGAAAAAGUAAUGAACCAUAGAGUGUAAUAAGUGCAUACAACAACAAAAAAUCCGAUUGUUUCAGUAAUUUGAAUGAUUGAAGUGCUCAAGAAGAUUAAGUGAAAAACGCAACGUACAGUUUGGGUUUUACCGUUCUACAAACCGACCGAAAUGGCACUCUCAGCGAAAUUGAUUAUAUCAGCGCUUAUGCUGAUUAUAGGACUCACAUCGACGCUAGUCAAUGCACGUCGCCAUUCGCCACUUUUGGUGGAAGAAGACGGAGCGCGUAGAAAUCGACCAGCCGAAUGUCUUUUCGGCAGAACGCUGCGCGAACUUGGCUCAACAUGGUUCGCCGAUCUAGGUCCCCCCUUUGGCGUCAUGUACUGCAUCAAAUGCGAAUGCAUUCCGGUGCAAAAGAAACGGCGAAUAGUGGCACGUGUUCAGUGUCGCAACAUCAAAAACGAAUGCCCAAAGCCAACCUGCGACGAACCAAUCCUGCUACCGGGGAGAUGCUGCAAGAUGUGUCCAGGAGAUUUACACAGUCCUGACAUUGUACAUGAUCUCCCCCAAGCGGUGAUGCCCGAAGACGAGGAACGUAGCAAACAUUUUGCUGCACUCCUCACCGGUCGCACGUCAUCCAUCCUGAAGAGGGAUGACAUGAAAUCGAUUUACUCCACCAUCAAUCCCCUGAACAUAGUUGCCACCGGACGAUUCGUGUUCCACAAGAAGAACCUCUACUACAGCUUCUACAUCUCGGAUAAGGCACCACGCCCGCGAGCGAUCCAAUUCGUCGACAAUCAGGGCAACAUUCUCGAGGAACAUCCCCUAGUCAUCCCGGCCGAGGGACCCUUCAGUGUGUACCAGAACGCGACGGGAAAAGUGUGUGGCGUUUGGCGUCGGGUACCACGUGACUAUCGCCGUCUGUUGCGCGAUGACAUGAUGAACGUUGUUCUGCUAUGGGGUGGCAAGUAUCAAGCGGAACUUGCAAUCGCUGGCCCGAUUGGCAAAUAUCCUGCCUUACCCCAGGAGUUGUUCAGCUCGCUGCUGGAGCCGGCGCCGGGUACAAACCCCGAACAAAUGAACGGCGCAGGAGGAACCGCAAUCGUGUCAACGAAAAGCGGCGUCACCUCAUCCAUCUAUCUGACCAUAGUACUGAACGGCGUGUUUUCUUCCGAUGACAUCGCUGAUGUGCCGCUGAACAUUCGUCUAGAGAUGCAGAACAAGGAUCAGGUUAUAUUGGAGGAAACGCAACGUAUAAAAAAACCGGCCCAUGACAUUAACAUCAUUGAGGUGUCCUCGCCGCUGUCAGUCAACGAUCUGAGACUUUUGACCCGCGGAAAACUGAGUGUUGUGGUUGAGUCAAAGCGCAAACCGGAGGCGCUGCGUAUUCAUGGUGUCAUCCAAACUCGAGUGGCUUGUGAAGUGUUCCAAACACUGUUGGCUUCCCACAAUCCCGAAGUUCGCGCUGAUACCAGUGGUUUAGCAUGGAUGUACCUGAACAAAGAGGGUUCGCUAGUGUACAACGUACAAACCCACAAUCUUCACAUGAGUCACAAUCCGGUAAUCACACUGAUCGAAAACAGCGCAAAGAGGAAGGCGGAACUUGAAAGUCUGGGUUUCAGUUCGGACCACGUUACUGGAGUUGUCGAGCGCAUGGGUCCCCGUGUUCUUGAACCACUCUACUCGGGUGAUUUGGCUAUCAAUGUUGCGAACGAUUUGAAUCCCAAUUUGAUCCAUGGCAAAUUUUUAUCACGUCCAGUUGCCGACGCUCGCGACUCCAGUGCACCAGCACUGCUGAAACGUGCCGUGAACUCAAUCGCACCGAUGCACUCCGUGGGCAUGGCUUGGAUGGCUGUGGAUAACGAAUGUAUCCUACACUACGAAGUGACACUGACCGGCAUCCCCAGUGCUUACCACCCAGUACAAUUGUACUUAGAGGAACUUCCCAUCGAAGCUGUGAAUGCACCAGUUAGCCGUACCCUGCUAGAGGAUUUCAACGGCAACUAUCUGGAAGGCUUCGUACUGGCUAUGCCAUCGACGGAACUAGCGAAGCUGGAAACCAGUGUCAUUUAUUUAGAAAUCCGGUCGAAAUCAAAAGACGAACCAAUUCUGAAAGCAAAGCUGAAAUCAAUCAAGGUACCGAACCACUGCACCGGUAACCAUUACAACGACAAUGAUGUGCAGAACAAUUCAGUCAUCUCGACGGCACACAACGAUAACAAUCUCCCGACAGGAGAAACGAAGUGCUACCACUCUUCCCGCUUCUACGACGAAGGGGAAAUGUGGCAAAGCGCACUAGAAUCGUGCACGAUGUGCUCUUGCGUACACAAGCGUGUCAAGUGCGAACCAGUUCGUUGUCCACCCCUGAAAUGCAAGAAGGAAGACAUCGUGCAGAAAAAGGGCGAUUGCUGUCCAACCUGUACAGUUUCCAAACCUGUCGAAGAAACCACCUCAUCGGCCACAACGGUGCGCGGAUGUAAUCUGGGCGAUCAGUUCCAUGAUGCUGGAUCGACAUGGCACCCAUAUCUACCCCCCAACGGGUAUGACACCUGCACUGUUUGCACUUGUGAUGCUCUCACCCUAGAAAUCAACUGUCCCCGAACGCAGUGUCCACCACUAAACUGCAGCGAUAAGGCAGCCUACCGGCCAGAUAGGAAAGCUUGCUGUAAAGUAUGCCCACAGAUCAAAGAACGCAAACCGGUGCGGGUUGGUAAUCCGGAAGAGAUGGGUGACCAGGGCAGCAUCAACGGUUCGUUGAAAUCAACUCAAUCGAUACUUGCGAAUGGUGGCUGUUCGUACAACUCCAACAUCUACGAGAACGGACAGGAGUUCCAUCCCAUUCUGGCGACACAUGGUGAGCAGAAAUGUGUCAAGUGCUCGUGCAAGGAUGGAAACAUCAAAUGUGAGCGGAAACGGUGCACGCGCUCGCUCUGCAAUCGACAACAUGUCCGUAAGAACACCGUUGUCGAUGAAUGCUGCCAGUGUCAGAAAACGGGCCGCCACCAGCACAAAAGGCGGCAGAAUCAGCAGAAACAGCACCACCAACAGCAAGCGGCCAUCUCCGUGAAGAGUUGAAUCGAUCCGUAGUCUAUCUUUUCUUUUCUUUUUGUGUAUGUAUAGCUCUAAGAGAAGGGUUAUAAUCAGUGAUAAUGUUUAGUGUGCCAACGCAUUAUUUUUUUUGUUCAUGAACGCGAAUGUCAGAGAUAUAUCGAGUGUUUGUAUUUAUAAAGAUAUACUACUUCCACAACAGUAUCAAGAGAAGAAAAACGUAGGACUAACUGGACGCAAAUGUGUACUGAGUAACUAUGGAACACGUAAACCGCUAAGUCACGAAUGCAUAUCUAGGCUUAAAACAAUAUUUCUAAGCAAUUUUCUUCGAAAUUUUGUAACCAUAUAUCUAUUUAAUGCUUGUAAACCUAUAUGAAAUAACAAUGCAGGGUAUUUGGGUACAGCGAGACAGUGGGAGCGACGAUGGAAUAAUUGGAAAUUUCUUAUUUUCAAGAAAUUUUUCCAGUUGAAACAGUUUUUGUAUCAGAGAACAUAUUUAUAUUUUAUACAAAUAGGCAUAGUGUCACUAUACGCUAGAUACUAGUAGUUAAGCAACAUAUUUAUUUAGACGAUAAGUGUUACUGGUCAAAGAAGCAGUAAUUGAUUAGGUCAUACGCAUUUAAAAUAUUACAUCGUAAGAGCAAAACUAAACAAUGGAGUGUAGAAAGUUGAGAAUGCUUUUUAAGGUAAUCAUACAAAAAUAUUUGAGAUUAUUCAGAGAAUUGAUAAUGAUGUACAUCAGAUUUCAGAACAUACCGUUAGUUAGCGUUUGGAACUCCUUUCAAAAAUCUUUCAAUAGAAUACCAUUUUCUCAGAGCAAAAUGUUUUUUUUCCUAUGAGCAACAAAACAAACCUUUUAUCGCGAAGUUCUCACAACAAAUCCUCACCGAGGAACGAAGAAAGUCAAACGCCUACCACACCAGUCAUCCGGAGUAUUUUGUUUUGUUUCGGAGCAACAUUGUUUCUAGAGAAAAAAUAAUCUAGUCACGUUCGUUCACGCUGUUCUGAAAUUACGGGGGGACACAAAUCCACAUUAAAAUCGCUGAUUGCUUCCAAGCCCCAAAACAUUGUGGAAAUCCGUGAGGGAAGCUACAAGUUACAAGUUACAAGGGGAAUUUUAAACUACACCAGAAAAAUAAUCAAUUCGAUAGGAACUGCAAUUGCUUGCUAACUAUACUAAGCAAAACAGACAAACUUAGGUCGACAAGAAAAAACAAACUUUUAACUGUUUUUUUCCUGUUACCACGUACCAAAGAAGACUGAUAUAUUAAAUCCUGAGAAUAAAAAAGAAGAAAAUAAAUCAAUAAAUCUGAUAAUACGAGAAAAAAUUAAUAUGAUAUCAUCUUUUGAAACUUAAGGAAGAGAAAACUGUCGAAAAAUCAACAAUACACAGGUAUACUAUUUCCGAUAUUUAAUAUCUAAAAGAGUGGCUGGAUUUGAUUAUUGAAAAUCAUCAUAACACAUCAUACUUUCAACCAAAAUUUCAUAGAAUACAGUAUUGCUGCUGCCGGAGAUCAUCUCAAUAGCUUACACUCUCAAUUGUUUCUGUUUCUUCGGGCGGGCAAGUUUGGCAGCUGAAUCACACUUAAUUUAUUUUUAAUCACCUUCUGUCGCACGUAACGAACAUUACAAAGUGGAAAUGCAAAGCAUUUUAGAAUCAGAAAGAAAAAAACAAACAUGCCAUAAUUUUUUUUUCAUGUUAAUACACAUAAAUUGCAUAUAAUAAAUUUUCUCUAGGGUGAACACACACUUAUCAAUUAAUGUAGGACUGAACAAACUGAUGGAAACCUGUGUUCAAUCGAACAUUUUGUAAAGAAACCCCCAUUUGUAAUGGAAGACGAAACCUCGUCAAACGGUUCGCAUUGACAUGUAUAUUGUUUUUCACAUUUUGAUUUAUUUAUAUAGAAAGAACAGUGGUUAACGAAGCAUGAUAUAAGAAUAAGGACAUAUGUACAGUAUAAUGCCAUGCUAUAUUCAAACACGAAACAAAUGCAGCCUCACGUCAUUUUAUCAACCAAAAAAAAUUGCAACAAGCGCAGCACGGAAUAAAGCAGACAUACAAGAAGAUAA